AUGCUAAAGACCUGCAGCUAUUUGCCUUGUACAAUUUGUUCAUUUCUCUUUAUUUCUCUGUUUUCCUGCACUGAUCACUUAAAGGACAAUCUCUCUGGCAAACAAAAUCCCCGGAGCCUGAUUAGAGGGACUGAAGGCUCCCAGACACGGAUUGCCUGCCAGCCACAGCACGGCGGAGCGGGCCCGGCAGGAGGCGGAGCGGGCCGCCGCACGUCCCCCGGCCGGUCGGCCGGCCCCCCCGCCAUGGGUCGGAAGCGCUGCGUGGGGGGAGACGGCUCCAAGAUGGCGGCGGGUUGCUGCGGGGUGAAGAAGCAGAAACUCUCCAGUUCCCCUCCCUCGGGCUCGGCCGGCCCGGGAGGCGGCGGCGGCGGCUCCCACUGCGGCGGGGCGGCGGCGGCGGCGGCGGGGGGCGAGCCGGGGGCGCUGCCCCCGCCGGGCGGCCCCCGCCUCAACGGCCUCGGGGGGCUGGCGGGGGGCGCCGCCGGCUGCGCCCUGUCCCCGCCGCUGCCGCCCAGCUGCGGCGGGGGCCCCGCCGGCCUCUCGCCGCCGGCCGCCUCGCUGCUGUCCUCCCCCGGCGCCGGCUCCGGCGGGCCCGGCUGCAGGAAGAUGGUGGUGUCGGCCGAGAUGUGCUGCUUCUGCUUCGACGUGCUCUACUGUCACCUGUACGGCUACCAGCCCCCGCGGAGCCCCCGCUUCACCAACGACCCCUACCCACUGUUUGUAACGUGGAAGAUUGGUCGAGAUAAACGAUUGCGUGGAUGCAUAGGUACUUUUUCUGCCAUGAACCUGCAUUCAGGACUCAGGGAGUACACACUUACUAGUGCCCUUAAAGAUAGUCGUUUUCCCCCAAUGACGAGGGAUGAGCUGCCACGGCUUUUCUGCUCAGUGUCUCUACUCACUAACUUUGAAGAUGUAUGUGACUACAUGGAUUGGGAGGUGGGUGUACAUGGCAUUAGAAUAGAAUUCAUCAAUGAAAAAGGAUCAAAACGCACCGCCACCUACUUACCGGAGGUUGCAAAGGAGCAAGGGUGGGACCACAUUCAGACCAUAGAUUCCUUAUUGAGAAAAGGAGGCUACAAAGCUCCAAUUACUAAUGAAUUCAGGAAAACGAUAAAGCUAACCAGGUACCGUAGUGAGAAGAUGACUAUGAGCUACACAGAGUACCUUGCCCAUCGUCAGCAUCAUCACUUCCAAAAUGGCAUUGGGCACCCCCUUCCACCGUACAACCAUUAUUCCUGACACUGAGCCGCAUGACCAGUCACUGGACCUCUCUGCAGACCUCUUCCCAGGAGACCCUGCCCCUUCUUGGUCUAGCUAUCUCUAUUACUGUACCAUUUUAUGAUGAUAGUUUCCGUUGCCAUGUUGAGGCUUCUCCUUCAUCUCCGAUGAAGCUCGUCGUGGCAACGGGUGGGAAAACUGCAUUAUUACAAAGAUCCCAUACUUUUUUUUUUUUUAAUUGAGUCACUGCAGAUUUUUUUGCAGCAUAUAUAGCCCUUGGGUUUUUAAUGAAAUUUUAAGUUUCUACUUCGUUAACAUUGAAUUAUAUCGAUCAAGACUUUCUGUGACUGUGGAUGGAAGGAAAGAGUUUAAGAGUUACAGUUAAGCAUUGUUUGUUCAGAAAAAAGGCAUUUAUGGCUUUUACAUUAGUAGCUAGUAGCAGGGAAUGAAACAUAUCAGAUUCAGGUAUUAAACUAGACAAUGAAUUGCAUCUUCAUAACCUUCUUAAUAAUGUCAUAUGUAUACUAUCUCACCCCUGCAGUAAAGAUUUCAUGUAGCUAUAUACAUGAUCUUCAGACCCAGCACAUACAGCCAAAAUUUGAAGGGUGACAUAUAAAAAGCUUUAUUUUGGAUGAAGAGAAGCUGUUAUAUCUACAAUGAGAGGUAAUGAUAAUAUAGAAACAUAUUAGAAUCAAGUGAUAAGGCAUGACGUAAUCCAUUAGGCUGCGAGAUACCUUUGUCUCCCAUUCCACUCUGGGAGCUGAGGGCACUUCAGCCCUGUCAGGAGUAGUCACAGUAAUGCAUUUACAAUGAGACGAUGCCUUUCUCAUGAUCUCAAAUUAGGAGUCACUUUGGUUUUUAAAAACAGGUUGGUGAGUAGCAGAUGUCAUAUUAGGAAGAAAAUGGAUUUAGAUUUUAGUGCCUUUGACUAUGACAUAACUAUAUACUUAUAUAUAAAAUUCAUAGAAAUAAUAUAGCAAAUGUGCCAGAUGUUCUAGAAAACUAUAUUGAGUUCUCUGCUUAUCUGGCAUCAGGUUUCUUGGAAUUUUUUCUUUUUAAUUGGUGGGGAUUUCUUGGUUUGUUUAUUUUGAGCAAGCCUAUUUUGGAAAAAAAAAGACUCCCCUGACUCCAGCCCCCUGCUCUCCCCCCAGUUUUGUUCAUUUUUUUUUCUUUUGGACUUACUGAGUUAUAUCAAGUCAUAGUUAGAUAAAAGUUAACUAUUUUUUUUAAUGAUUGUGUUAUGAAAGAGCACAGGACAAGUAUGCCAUAAUUUUACAUGUCUUCAUCUAUUGCAGGAAUAGUACUUGAGAGCACUAAGUACUGUGUAAUAAUUCUGAUACCUCUCUACAAGUUAGAAGAAAGAAAACUGAUUGGAACUUUUUACAGCUGUAAAAAUAGGAUUUAGUAAGAGGUAUGUGUGGUAUAGUUGCAAGCCCAGUACAUGCUAGGAGCUAGCUCCUUGCUCACGUGCCUGCAGAACUCCCACUAAUACCUGUUGUAGUUCAGUGUGUAUUCUAGGGGACAACGCAUUCCAUCUAUUAUAGAAAAGACCUUCCUAAUAUGGGUGAGUAAACUACAAUAAACAGAAAUUACAGUUAUUUCAAAUAACAAAUGUUUGUAAAAAUCUAUAGAUAUAUAUAAUUCAAAUAGAUGAAUUGAGUUAAGAUGUAACAAAUGUCAGACAAAUUGUAAAAUAUUUUGAUGUUUCAAAAAGAUUUGGAUAAAUUAUGCUCAUCCCUUAUGUAAGAUUAGCUUUGCUACUUAAUUUUUAUGGAGGUUCUUAUGGAAGGUCUUUGGUAUUCCUUCAUCCACAGCUGUUGAUGUCCAAAUAUUAACAUUUUCAGUUGUGAUGCCUUAAUUUAUAAGUAAACAGAGGGCCUGAAAAUUCAGGAGCCAAGAGGUGCCAGGCAGACGCUGCAAAAAUUAAUAGAUGUUUAUAUAGAGGCUAUUUUGGAUGAUACUGUUGUGUUUCUACUUGGGGAACAUUUUUAAAUGGAUUAGUCUUCAAGUGGAAAUUGUGAACAAGUGGCUACCUGACAGAGGUGUGGGUUUUUUUGUUUUUUGUUUUUUUUCCUUGCCCUUAUAGGGAAACUGAGCACAAACUGAAUCAUAUUGUCUGCUGCAAAAAAAAGUCAUCCAACCCCAUCUUUAUCUGUCAUCUCGUUACAGCACGCUCAUGCUUUCUGUGUGAGCUCAUUGUUAGAAGUUUUUUAAAAAGAUCUAUUAUAUAUAAAAAUAUAUAUGUAUUGAAAGGUGCUAAUCAACCUCAAGCAGGUCACGUGACUGGUCAUGCGGAUCUAAAAUCAUAUCAGAUUUUUUAAAAAAAUCUUCGAUAUAUGCAGAUGUUAUACAGAAUUUCUUACCAGUGUAAUAAUGAUAUACUGAUGAAUAAACAAUCCUGCAGGUUUUUAAGGACAAGGUCAGCAAUACUUCCCACCAUGGCUUGGGGGGGAAAAAGGAUAGUUUUGUCUCCUUUUUGUACACAGCAUAAUGCACAAUGCAUUUUUGUCUAUCUCAGUAGCUGUUGCUUAAAAAUAUAGUUCAAAGGGUGUUAUGCAAACUGUAAAGGUGUGCUUUUAAAAUGAGUUAAUGCCAGACCCUUCCGGACCAGAGUUUUUAUCACUAAUUAAAAAAUCGUUACAAAGUCUGUGGUCAAUCAGAUUUGUAUGAUAUUUUAUAAAAAUGCUUUGAAUAAUCAGUCUAACUGCAGUGUUUCUAGGGCACCUACCUCCUCAGCAUGCGAGUGCUGAGAAUGCUGUAGAUUGUUUCUGUGUAAUUGUGGGUUUAUUUGUACGAAACGUGCAGUUCACUGUGACAUGCACUGGGACAGAAUAGGUCUGUUUGCUUAAAGCUGAUCAAGAAACGCUUUCAUAAAUGUCAUUCCCUCAUAACUAUGUUUAUUGCCCGUUCAGAUAUAUUGCUGGUUUUAGCUACAGACUUCGUUUUUAUUAUUGUUUGGGGUACUUUAUAAGAAGUUGAGGUACAACCAAGUAGGCCGUUUCACUGUUUUAAAGUUGGAACGCUAACUUCCAGUGAGCACUAAUCAGUUUGCCUUAUUCCAUUAAAAGUUUUUUUUUUUUUUAAUUCUUUUGCUUAAUGUUCCUAAAAACCAUGUUCUAUAAACUGAGUUAGACGACAAACCUCUGGAGCUGGUGUGACCCCAUUGCUCAGCCGUGCUUCAGGAGGCCUAGCCUCUGCCCGGCCUGCGGUAGCACGGACCCUUCCCGUGCCACGGCCGGUGCUGUCGCGGCAGGGGGAGGGCGCGCGGCAGCUCUCACCUCAGCCAUCUCUCCAGCCGAGGCAGUCAGAUGCACUGGCACGCCCUGGCGUUUCUAUGUGGACCUCCUGGCUUGUCUUCAGAUGUGCGGGUUGUUAAAAUUGUUGUCUGGAGUAGGUUACAUCUCUUGUGUGUGUUAGAUCGAACCAAAGAAGCCUCCAGCCAUGCCCAAAUGCUGCUCCUAAAGCCUGCCUUCCAGUCCUUACAAAAUCCCUGCAGGAUUAAAUGUAUUAACUUUUUUAUUUUUGUACAGUUUCUAACUGAUUUUUGCUAGUGAUGUUAAUUGAAUUAAGUUUAUUUGGGGAGUCUGAGUAUCUACUCCAUUUAAAUAAACUGGUGACUUUCUUUUUAUGUUGAGAGAAGAAAAAAAAAAGAAAAAAAAAAAAAAAAAAGGAAACCCAAAGUGUGCCUCUCAGAUUUAAGGGUUUCUGGUUACAUUUAUUCUUAAGACCAGCAAUGAUUCUUUAUAUACAAAGAUAUGUUUUCCUCGUUUUUUAUUACUGUUAAAGAAAAAUAAAGAAUAAAACCUCUUUCUUUGCUCUGGACCCAGUAAUUGUGCUGGUACAUAAACGCACUGAGAAAAACUUUUGUUUGAAACUUUUGUAACAACUUAUGACUGUUUUUGUAUAUCAAAGUUGAUUCUUUUCAAAAUAUUUGGAUCUAGUUUCUAAGUUAUUUUAGUGUUUUAUAUGUUACAAAAAAUUACUUUGAAAUGUUCACCAGCAUCUUGAGUUAUCUGUAAUGCAAUGGUGACACAAUAGGCUUAAAGCUACCUGGAGUAGCUUGUAAAGCCUCUCUCUUUUCCUUCCUUCCUUCCUUCCUUAGUAACUUGAUUGAUUACAAUAAUAUCAGAGAUUACCUGAACCCCUUCCUUUAUAACUAGAUCCUCUUUCCUUCCACAUUUAAUUGCUAUUAGUGUGAAGAAACUGUUGAAAUGGGCAUUUUAAUAUAAGUAUGGCUUAAAAAAGAUAAAAAUGAGGAAAAAGCAAAAAAAAAAAAAUAUAUAUAGAAGGUUAUCUGUGGGUCUGUGAGAUAUGGCUGUGGAAAGAUAUUGUAGUAGUUUUAACACUAUUGUUAUUACCUUUUAAAUCAUUUAUCCAAUAAAAUAAGGAAAAAGAA